AAAGAUAAUUAAUUCUUGAAAUAAAUGAAACAUAUUGUGAAUGUUUCAAUGUCACUUCGAAAUUCAUAAUAAGUUAUUUAAAAGUUGAGGUGAAGUGGUGCCCAAAAAAUUACAUUAAUAUAACAUUAACAACUAAAUGGAAACCUAGUCAUCUUAAAGUUGGCAAACUUCGGAAAGAAAACGAUAUCGUAAAAUGGGUCUGACUAAAUAUUUGGAAUAAUCAAAAAUAGAAGUAAUGUGCAACGCGCGGACGGAGUUAAUUUACCUAACCAAUUCAUUAAGGACCGUUUUAAAAAACCAUCGUGACAGAAGGACGAGACCAAUCAGCGAUGCUCCUCUCCCAGUAUUGCUCAGUUUUUUUUUACUCCUCACCUUUUCGUAUUGCACUCAUGUCGAAGGUACUCCCAGACUUUCGGGAGGAAUUAGAAAACUUCAGACACUUCUCAACUCGGCCCCACCACCCUUUUUGGGUCACUGUGAUUUUGAGGACACCUGCGAUUGGUCGUGGAACAUGACGAAUGGAUUCCGCAAAGUUUCGGCCUCCGAAACAUCUCCGUUCGGCCCCGAGACAGAUGCUAGCAAACUGCCAAAUGGACAUUUUUUGUGGCUCAGAGGACAGGGAAAGGGUCAUAUUUGGUCUAAGUUGAUUCCAAGAACAGGAAGUAAGUGCCUUCUUGAGUUGGCGUUGCAUCAAGUACAAAUGCUCAAUGGUAUCAUAAGUCUCGUUAUAGAAACAAGUAAUCAUACGAGCGUCGUCUCUGUCGAACGAUCUGGAAAUAAUCUUGCCAAAUGGGAAAAGACUCGUUUCAACUUGGGUAUUAUUACUCAGCCAUAUCGAGUCGUGUUGGAAAUGACAACGCCAUCCCCAAAUUCCAGUAUCGCUGUUGAUAAUAUUCGGCUUUCCGACUGCUUUCCAGAAUCAUUUGGUGGAAAUUGUACGGAUGAUAUGUUCCGUUGUAAUAACGGCUCAUGUUUAAAUAAAUCUCGUAUCUGUGACCUAACCGCAGACUGUGCAUAUGGCGAAGACGAGAUGCUUGAGUGUGAAAAAGUCCCGGAGAUUGGGAAGUGUAAUUUUGAAGACGGUUGGUGCGGAUGGAGAAAUGAUCCUUCUCUUCCUUUGAAUUGGACGCGUCACAGAGGACCCAUACCAACUGAAAGAAUCGGGCCCAGCUAUGAUCACACUUAUCGUAACACAUCUGGGAACUACGUAUACGUAAAUAUGUCGGGAAGCCAGCUAUAUGGAGAUCGAGCGAGGCUAGAAAGCCCAGUGUACAAUCCAACACCUCCUUACAGCAGUGAUGAGAAUAAUCCCUACUACAAGUCCUGCCAAGUGCGAUUUUUUUACCACCAAUAUGGAAAGCAGAGUAGUGGAUUAGGGUUGUACUUGGUUGAAAUAAAACAGCAUCAAAACAUGUCUAUCAGACUUUGGUGGUUGUACGGUGACCGAAGUGAUGUGUGGAACAAUCAGGCCAUAGCCCUCCCAGAAGUCAAGCACAGGUAUUUUUUAUGGUUUGAGGCAAGCAGAGGGUACGGCUCAAAAGGAGCUGUAGCUAUCGAUGAUUUUUCACUCAGUCCAGAGUGUUUUGGUGUUGGAGUUCCCCCAAAGUAUGCUGGAGAUUUCAAUUAUUACACCUAUGUACCACCAGAUAUUGAGCCCGAAAAGCACAUGGAUUUUGUCAAUGAAACAAUUAUCAGAGUAACAACUUGUGGAGCACUCGGUAGAUUUGGUCCAACACCAGAGCAAUGUGCUGCUGAACACCAGGGAACUGAUUUAGACUUACUUUACCCAUCAACGAUGUCAGCUACCACCAUUGCACUGGGUGAAAAAAUAACGAUAUCUCACAUGAGGGGGAUUCAACGGUGGACUGUACCUCGUGGUGGAUAUUACACAAUUAUCGUAAUGGGAGCAGCGGGAGGUAAAGGUUCGGGUCAGAUGGGUAGUACUUUAGGAGCUUCGGUGAGAGCAGUUGUUGAAUUGGAGAAAGGCCAGCAGCUGUACUUCAUAAUUGGUCAAAGCGGAACAGACGCUUGCCCAAAGAAUCUUGGAGUCAAAGUUUACAGCUGCCAAAAUGAUGAUCUACCUACAACUGGUCUAGGCUCUAGUUCCGUUUCGGUGGUACAUCAAGUAAAGAAAAUUGAUGUGAAAGAUAGCGGUGGCGGUGGUGGAGGAGCUACCUACGUUUUUACGUUGAAACCAGAUGGAGAACAAAAACCUUUGUUGAUCGCAGCAGGUGGAGGAGGUUUAGGGCAUGGCCAAUUUCUCGACGACGGUAUUCAGAAUGGAAAAGGUGCUGCGCCAAAAGGAAGAUUGUCCGAAUCUGGAUUAUCGAUUUCAGCAUCGGCCGGUUCUGGAGGUGGAUGGAGUGGCUCGAUAAAUAAUGGAACAAGUGUAACAACUGCAGGUACCGCGUUAAUUCUAGGAGGAGUUGGAGGUGUGGCUUGUAAAAAUAAUAGUGCAGGCCGGGGGGACGGAGGUUUUGGAGGCGGUGGUGGAGGUUGUCUGGGUGGUGGUGGAGGUGGCGGUUAUAUAGGUGGAAAUACGGGACACGCAAAAUCUUCAAACGGGGAAGGUGGAUAUUCAUAUGCAGCACCAGAACUCUUACACGUCUCGUUCACUCCCGGUGUUAAUCCGAGCUCAGGGAAAGCUUAUAUCGUGCCAGCGAUCAGCGGCUGUGGUUGUGAUUUUCGAUGCGUUGCAAUAGACGAACAUUUGAGUAAAACGAAAUGCAUCUGUCCACCUGGUUGGCUCCUUGGCAAUGAUACUCGUUCGUGCGUUAUGGACAGAGGCCCUGAAGUCCAUCCGACAUUCAUGAUAGUACUUAUUGUUGUCAGCAUCGGCUUAUUAUUGGCCUUUUCUGGACUCUGCCUUUUACUAUAUAAUCGAUACCAGCAUCGCAAAGCAUUGCUAAGGCGGCGCCAAGUCAUGUUUGGCAAUGGGACGGAGCUGACGUCACUACGCAUUGUUUCCGACAAUAUGAUGACCGAAUUUAAUCCUAACUAUGAAUUUGCUGGGAAUCUUUACAGCUUUAAAGACUUACCUCAAAUUCCGCGGGACAGUAUAUCUCUCGUAAAGCCUUUGGGACAAGGUGCAUUUGGCGAAGUUUUUCAAGGUGUAUAUAAAUACAACAGAAAUGAGGAACAUCCGGUCGCCGUAAAAACAUUGCCAUCAUUAUCAACGUCGCAAGCCGAAGCCGAUUUUAUGAUGGAGGCUCUUAUUAUGAGUAAAUUUAACCAUCCAAAUAUUGUACAUUUUAUCGGCGUUUCGUUUGACAAUCACCCACGGUAUAUCGUACUGGAGUUGUUGGCUGGUGGUGAUUUGAAGAAUUUCUUACGAGAAGAAAGACCGCGACCGGAUCGUCCUACGACGUUAACUAUGCAAGACCUGGUAAUGUGUGCAUAUGACGUGGCAAACGGAUGUAAAUACAUGGAGGAUGCCAGGUUCAUUCAUCGUGACAUUGCUGCGAGGAAUUGCCUGUUGACAUCCAAAGGAUCGGGUCGUAUGGUGAAAAUUGCUGAUUUUGGUAUGGCCAGAGACAUAUACAGAAGUGACUACUACAGAAAAGGUGGAAAAGCAAUGCUGCCCAUAAAGUGGAUGCCUCCUGAAAGUUUUCUUGAUGGAAUAUUCACUACAAAAACGGACGUUUGGGCUUUUGGUGUCCUUCUCUGGGAAAUUAUGUCCUUCGGUUACAUGCCGUAUACAGGUUGUGCAAACCGAGAAGUUAUGUCGAUGGUGACAACCGGUGGGCGGUUAGAGAGACCAGCUGGAUGCCCCGAUCCAAUUUAUGGUGUAAUGACUCAAUGCUGGCAUCCUCAUCCAGAAGACAGGCCGAGUUUUUCGACAAUAGUCGAAAGGAUAGGCUAUUGCCUACAGGAUCCUGAUGUCAUUGAUCAUCCAAUGCCUAACUAUGAUAUUCUCCCUGCUUGCGAGAGAGAAAUAACGAUAAUGCGGCCUGAUCCAGAAACAGAAUGCAUCAACGUACGUAGCAGCUUGGAUGGAUGUGGAGGCUACAUGCAACCCAAAACAAGCUUCCGGCCAGUAUCAUAUCGCAUUGGUCCAGCGCCUGGAAUCGUUUACGCGUCCUUGCAACACUGUGAUGACUGUGGAAACGAAAGCGCAAAAAUACAAGAAACGGCACUCUUGGAACCGAAAAUUCAUCAUAACAACUGUGGUCAAAAUGCAAAUAAUGAGUCCAGCAAACAUAUCUCUGGAAAAAAGGUGCCUUGUAGACAUAAAGCGUUACCACCGGACGAGAGCAACGCUAACGCUGUAACAGUGAGUACGGAAUACAAUCCGGACAAAUCAAUCAAAUGCCAAAAUAAGGUAUUAAAUGGAAACACCAACAGAGAUAAUGGGAAUUGUGAAAGUAUGACGAACACAGAUACAAAUUCGGAUUCCUUGGCUAUCCCCACGUCGAAUCCCCCAACAGAAACUUCGUUAUCUUCACCAAAUACUCGAGUGUCCUCUCCGAAUCACGUAAUUUUAAACGCUAAUGUGAAUAACAAUAAUGGCAUCCUAAGGAAGAGCGCGCUGAAAGCUGCUCUUAGCUUGGAUCCAAGCGCUCUUUGUCGAGGGACUAUUCCCUACGAGAAAAUUGCAUUUUCACCACCGCCUCCGCGUCUGAGUAAUCCUGGCAGCAUGGAAUUGAGAAAGGAUUCUGUGGGACACGAGUUGCCCAGAGAAGAGGGGUGCUCCUGCUGAGAUUCAAUUAAUGGCGGCUGACAACGCUACUCCGACUCUGAAUUAGCCGUCACUCUUCUAAAGAGAUCAACUUCCAUGCCAGGUUAUGGAUAUAUGUCUUUUCUGACGGUCGAGUAAUUCCUGCUCCGCCUUAGAAAAAGCUAACUAAACGCAUGAGACAUUUAUACAGGUAAAAUAUUACAUUUCCAUAUCUUAUUUCAUUUUGUACGCAACUGAAGUAAAGAGACAAAGUGCCAAGAAGCAGAAGCAAUUAGUGAUAGCUACGGAGAAUUAAAUUUAAGGAAUAGUAUAUUCUGUAACAAGGAUGCAAACACGGUCUCUUCGGGCCGAGCGUAAGUUUGCAAUAUGAGUUGUAGGUGAGCCGAAGACGAAUAUUGCAAUACGCGAGGCGAAAACACCGUUUCCUCCUUGUUGCACGCCAUUCUUUAUAUAACACGAGUAUGUUACGCCGUGUUUCGCGAAGCACGAAGUUGAGGUUAGGGUCACGUA